CCGAUUCGGUUACGCGUGCGCCGACUUAAGCAGCGCCCCCUGAAAAUCCACAUCCUGGCGGCAGGAUUAAGACAAAAGUGAAAAAGUGUCACACGAAAGUUGAAGUGCAAACAAGAAAGUGCUAAACAACGCGAGAAUUAAACUCACAAAUAAGGACCUCACCAAAUCCUUAAAGAAAGUGCUAGCCCUUGGCCAUUUUGCACAGUUUUCUUUUUGGGCGUCGCUUUUCGGGGGAAACUGUUUCGGUGUCGGAAACUGAAGAACUCCCAAGGUUGCGGGCCCAAAAGCUGUUGUGACAUUUUUUUGGCAAAGCAGAAACGCAAUGGCGCCAAAGACGCCGCCAUUUUCACAGCUCGACAAAAUGGCGACAAGGACAUCCACAUCCAGUUGGCUCUGCCGCCUGCUGCUAUUCGGCUUUUGCAUUGGCGCCGCCGCCGCCCGAGACAUUCGAUCGCCGAUGGACCAGACAGACGUGGCCUUUUACUGCCCUGGAGAGGGUCUGUUUGCGGACGACCACGAUUGCCGGAUUUAUUACCGCUGCGAGCGGCGUUCCGGGCAGUACAUCCAACCCUAUCUGCUGGCCUGUCCAGAGGACGCGGUCUUCUCCCGCACCCUGCGCAUGUGUCUGCCACCAGCGAUGGCUGGGCGGGAUGAGUGCGUUGACCAGGUGAACGAGGUGGAUGGCGGCAGCAUGGAGAAGUGGGAGCAGGACGACUACGGACAGGAUGACCAUAAUGCGAUGCUUAACCUGGCCGUCACACCUGCGGCCAAUGAGCUGCGAACCUACGCGUCGACCCACCGUCUGCCCACAAAUUACGGUCUGGCUGGUCUCAACGGUGUCUCUGUCAUAUCCUUCUCCAGCUCCUCAUCCCUGCGAGCUGUUGGAUCAGCGGAGGAGGACGGCAUAAUAUGCCGGGAUGAUGGCUUCAUGACCGAUCCCAGCGACUGCACCGUGUUUUAUCGCUGCAUCUCGAACGGCCGAGGCUAUAACAAAAUCGGCUUCCGGUGCUCAGAUGGCACGGCGUGGGACGAGUCCCUUCAGUCCUGUAACCAUAUGUUUGACGUACGUGCCAACGGAGGAUGCCGCAAUCAAGCUGUUCCGCAGAACGACGGUUAUUACGCCGGCCAAACGUCAACACAGUCCUCGCAGACCAGUUACCAGAACUCAACCACAAGCAGUCAACAGAGCUCGUCCACCAGUUCCUCCAACUCCUCUCAAAGUUCCAGUUCCACAUCCAGCUCUACAUCCAAUUCCAGCUCAAGUCAAGAGUCCUCUACAUCCAGCAGCAGUAAUCAGUCGAGCUCCACGUCUAGCAACCAUCAGGAGUCCAGCUCAGAAUCCAGCAACAACCAGGAGUCCAAUUCGGGAUCUAGCAACAAUCAGGAAUCUAGCACGAGUUCCAGCAGCAAUCAAGGCUCAAGCUCUCAAAAUGCUGGCAGCAGCAACCAAAACCAAAGCUCUGGCAGCAGUCAAAGUUCGGGAAGUAGCCAAUCCUCAAACAGUAACCAGAACUCCAGCAACAAUCAGAACCAAAGCUCUCAAAAUUCUGGUAGCAACCAAAGCUCCAGCAGCAGUCAAAACUCGGGCAGCAACCAAUCCUCUGGCAGCAACCAAUCCUCUGGCAGCAACCAAUCCUCCGGCAACAAUCAAAGCUCCAGCAGCAAUCAGAGCUCUGGAAGCAAUCAAUCCUCCAACAACAAUCAAUCCUCCAGCUCAAACAGCAAUCAGAGUUCUUCAAGCAGCCAAAACAACAGUGGAUCUAAUAAACCCGUGCCCACCGAGUGCGAGGAUGAAAAUACUUAUAUCCCGGAUAAAGAAGACUGCGCUAAAUUCUACAGAUGCCGCCAAGAUAAAGACGGAAAAUUAGAGCAAGUGCCUUUCACCUGUGGUCCCGGUACCGUUUGGAACCAAGUGGACAAGGUCUGCGAUCUGCCCACUGAGGAUCAAAAGAAAAAGUGCAACAUUCAAUCGGGUUCGUCGAGUGGUAGUAACAACUCUGGACAGCAAUCCAGUGGAAGCUCCUCCAACAACCAGGGCUCUUCCAACAAUCAAUCAUCAAGCAACCAGAGCUCAUCUAACAAUCAAGGAUCGUCUAGCAAUCAAGGCUCAUCCAGCAAUCAAGGAUCGUCUGGCAAUCAAGGAUCGUCCAGCAAUCAAGGAUCGUCUAGCAAUCACGGCUCAUCUAGCAAUCAAUCUUCCAGCAAUCAGAGCUCAUCCAGCAAUCAAGGAUCGUCCAGCAAUCAAGGAUCGUCUAGCAAUCAAGGCUCAUCCAGCAGUCAAGGCUCAUCCAGCAAUCAAGAAUCCUCAAGCAAUCAAUCUUCCAAUCAAGGCUCAACUUCAUCUUCUAGCAAUCAGAGCUCUUCAAGCUCAAGCAAUAAUUCCACGAGCACUCAAACAAAGCCAUCCAAUCCCGAUGGUGAAUGCCAAGAUACGGAAACAUAUUUGGCUGAUAAGAAGGACUGUGCCCGAUUCUAUCGAUGCGUAGAGAAUGGUAGCGGUGGCUUCAAUACUGUUCCUUUCGAUUGCUCCCCUGGAACGGUCUGGGAUCCAGAUACGAAGGGAUGUAACCAUCCAACAGAUGUGCAAAAGGAGCAAUGCAAGGCUAUGGCCAAUGGAAUUGGAUCAUCAUCCAGCCAAGGCUCCUCUUCUAACCAGGGAUCAUCCUCAAGCCAGGGAUCUUCUUCCAAUCAGGGAUCAUCCUCCAACCAGGGCUCUUCUUCUAACCAGGGAUCAUCUUCAAAUCAGGGUUCCUCUUCUAACCAGGGAUCGUCCUCCAACCAAGGAUCGUCAUCUAACCAGGGAUCAUCUUCCAGCCAGGGUUCUUCAUCAAACCAGGGAUCAUCUUCCAAUCAGGGCUCCUCUUCCAACCAAGGAUCAUCUUCCAAUCAGGGAUCGUCAUCUAACCAAGGAUCAUCAUCUAGCCAGGGAUCUUCCUCCAACGAAGGAUCAUCUUCCAAUCAGGGAUCAUCUUCGAACCAAGGAUCAUCCUCUAACCAGGGUUCAUCUUCGAACCAAGGAUCAUCCUCUAAUCAGGGUUCCUCUUCUAACCAGGGUUCAUCUUCGAACCAAGGAUCUUCCUCAAAUCAGGGAUCAUCUUCAAAUCAAAGUUCUUCGUCCAACCAAUCGUCCUCGAAUCAAUCAUCCUCCAAUCAGUCGUCGUCUAACCAGACAUCAUCAUCCACUACACAAAAACCCUUCAAACCGGCAGAGAAAUGUGAAAGUGAGAAAACUUUCUUGGCUGACAACGAGAACUGCUCGAAGUUUUAUCGAUGCGUGGAUAAUGGUAAGGGUGGUUUUACAAAAGUAUCAUUCACCUGCCCACCAAACACUCUAUGGGAUCCUGAGGCCAACAGCUGCAACCAUCCUGAUCAGAUCCAGACCAAGCCGCUCAAAUGCAAAAAGGUGGUUAGCCAAGGCGGAAGUUCCUCUAACAGCACCAGCAGCUCCUCGAGUAGCUCAAACAACAGUGGUUCCUCUUCGAAUAGUGGAUCAUCUUCCAGUUCAUCCUCCAACAGUGGCUCCUCCUCCAAUACAGGUUCAUCAUCAAACAGUGGCACUUCUUCCAGCGGUGGCUCAUCGAAUCAAGGCUCAUCCUCCAAUAGUGGCUCCUCUUCCGGCUCGAACUCGUCUGGAAAUCAAUCGACAUCUUCGUCAUCAUCGUCUUCAUCCUCAUCAAGCAAUAACAAUAAUCAAGGUUCAUCCUCAUCGUCCUCCUCCAGCAGCAGCUCGACUUCAUCAAAACCAAAUCCCUCUGAAACCUGCAAGGUUAAUGGACAAUUUAUUGGCGAUCGGUCGGAUUGUGCCAAAUUCUAUCGCUGCGUCGAUAAUGACAGAGGUGGCUUCAAUAUGGUACCCUUUAGCUGCGGUCCUGGCACUGUUUGGGAUGCCCAGAUGCAGGCCUGUAAUCAUGCGUGGGCAGUGAAGGAAUGCGGUGGUAUUGCUCCACCUACAACUUCUAAUCCGACGACCACCAGGCCAACAACGGCAAGCACUUCUAGACCUUCUGACCAAACUUCAACAUCGAGACCCUCAGGUCCGACCACUACCACACGUCCAGUGACUGCCAGACCAACGACUUCUUCUCCAACAACAGCUUCAUCAUCUGAAACAACAUCUCCUGUUACUCAGGCACCCAAUACAGAUGGCAAAUGUCGGUCGGAGGGCUUUAUGGCUGAUCCCAACAACUGCUCCAAAUUCUACCGCUGCGUAAGGAACAACAAAGGUGGCUUCACCCAAAUUCCAUUCCAAUGUGGAGCUGGUACCGUUUGGGAUCAGGAUCUGCAGACCUGCAACCACAACUUCAACAAUUGCAGUACUGGCACUGAAAGUACCACUUCAAAGCCGCCUUGUGAGCCAGCAACAAAUGGAACAUCGACCACAACACCUCCACCCACCACGACUGAUUUACCAUCCACUUCAACAACAGGAUUGCCGCCAACUACAACAACCGAAUUACCUCCAACUACGACCACAGACUUACCUCCUACAACAACUACUAGGUUGCCUCCCACUACAACUACUAGGUUGCCUCCCACGACAACAACUGGGCUACCUCCGACUACAACAACUGGGCUGCCCCCCACCACGACCACAGGAGCUCAACCCACUACAACAACAAUGAGUUCGGAAACUGAAACAUCAACGGUAACCACAAGUCCGGAAAGCACCACGCAACCACCGUCUACAACCACUAUGAAACCCCUACCAGCUGGCACGGAUUGCACGGGUGAGGGUUAUAUGGCCGAUCCCGAAGACUGCAGGAAAUACUACCGAUGCAUCAACGCUGGAGCCUCCUACAGAAAGUACAACUUUACGUGUCCCAAGGGCACGGGAUGGAAUGAAGAAGUUCAGACCUGUGACUACAUGGAGAACAUCCCGAGGUGCUCGAAGUUACCCGCUGAACCAAUCACUACGACACCAAGUGAAGAGUCUAAGGAUCCCGGAAGCACCACUCCGCAGUCAACGGAUGAGCCCACCACAGUGACAAAACCCGUUACGAAACCCACCGAAGAACCUUCAACAGAAAAACCGCAAAAGCCGACGACUCAAUAUCCGGAGAAGCCAACCACCACAGAGGAACCAGAAAAGCCGCAGAAGCCGACUACAACCGAGUAUCCUCAGAAGCCGACCACUCAAGAACCCACCACCACAAGUAUUCCGGGCUACAAUCCAACAACAACGUCUGUUCCGGGCUAUAACCCAACAACAACGCCAGUUCCGGUAGAAACUACAACCUCUACUCCUGGCUAUAAGCCAACUACCACCGGCGAACCUAUUACCACGACCACAUUACCUCCCACAACCACCGAUGCCAUUCAAGAGCCAACAACCUCGAAAAAACCUGAACCCACAACAACCACAGAAAGUCUAGAGUCCAGCACACCUGAAGGUUCAGUGACCACUCUUCAGCCGGAGCCACAGCCUAACUAUAACUGCUCUUCGGAGGGAUUCUUCCCAGAUCCCGAGGACUGUAGUCGCUACUACCGUUGUGUGGAUGCGGCUAAAAAUGGCAAGUAUCAGGUUUAUGCCUUCAAGUGCGGCAAGGGAACUGUUUGGGACACGUCCACCGAGACCUGCAAUUACGCCGAUCAGGUGUCUGGCAAUUGCUCAUCGGGACAGACGACCACGCCGGGAACGACUACGGAACCUGGUACGACGGAGAGCACAACCAGCUCUGGAAAACCUGAAACCACUUCAAAGGCCCCUGAAACCACCACUACGGGAGCUCCAGAAACCACCACUACAUCGGCUCCUGAAACCACAACCACAGUAGCCUCCGAAACCACUACUUCAUGGAGCACAGAAACAACUACUUCUGGCACAACCACCACCACAGCCACACCUGAAACCACUACAAAACCACCCAAGCCUGAAACCACUACCAUAGCUGCGGAAGAAACCUCAACGACGGAGUCGCUUACCACCACAGAGAGACCUUCUCCCGGUACCAACACCUCUGCUCCUUGUCCCGAAACCGGUCCAGGUCAGAAUGUAUACGUCUGCCCCACUGGAUUCCGUCGGCAUCCGGAGAAGUGCGGCAUGUUCUACCAGUGCAGUGAAAGUGCGGAUAGCAAUGAUCUUAACAUCGUGGUAUUCCAAUGCCCCAACGGAACCGUCUACCAAGACAAGUCCUGCAGCUGUGGCAAGCCGCCGGCAGGUGACAAGUGCUCCAAGGACAUGAAGAGGACCACCAACUUGUUUGAAGAGGAAACAAAACUUCAGAAUGUGGUUCAAAUCAGCACGACGGAUCCUCUCUGCCCGGAUGAGGGUCACUUCGCGCUCAACAACGACCAGUGCGGCCAGCUGUUCGUCAAGUGCGGAUUCUCGGAGCUGACGGGCCGCAUCGAGGGCCAGAUCCACCGCUGUCCGCAGGGAUUCGCCUACUGGAACGUGAGCCGACGAUGCGAGCCCGCCCGCAAGCUGCCCAACUGCACGCCCACCACCUACAAUGUGGGCGGAAACGUGCCGCUGGAGUGGCUCAACAUUGGCCAUAGACGCCGCAGCAUGCGUAUUUAAUUAGAUUUAGACUAGAUUCACUUAGUUGCCCGCCAUUGUUCGUUUGCUGCGCCAGCACUUGAUGGCCAGCUUAACUAGCUGAUUGCGAUCGAGGCCAUAAGCUGGCGCAGCAAACGAUCGAACAGAAGAGUUAGCUUAGGACGUAGGGAAAUUACAUUAGGUUAAGCACGGGUGCAGCCCUCCGACAAGUGGGAACUUAAAACAAGUUAGCCUAUAAUACAACCAUAUAUUUCUAUAAUAUAUUGCUUCGAUUGUUGGAGGGUAAACUAGAUUCUUGGUGUCGGACUGCGAGACUGCACUUUACGCAUUUGAAAAGGAAACAAAAGGUUUUGAGUAGUCUUCCUGGAGUGGAAACAGGCACAGCCUUCACUACACACACGUAAAUGCUGUAGCUUUUAUGCAGUAAUUGUAUUUAUGUUUAGAGUUAAAACAUACGUUCUGAACGCCAUAUACAAUGUAUCUUAGACUAUGCUUAAAGAUUAUAAUAAAUUGAAUCAUAUACAGAAAUCGUCGAA